UUUCAAGAAAUCAAAUCAGUCUAAAAGCAUUUCGUUGAAAGAUGCCAAUUACCUCUUCAAUAGCAGUCUGGAGCAUUCUUAUUGCUGUUGGUACUGCAAUAGAAAAGGAAAUAACUUUUUCUGGAAAUAUUUCGGUAGCGAGUUACGGAAAUUUGUUUGAAAGUGCCGGAUAUCCUAAUAUAGGGGACAUACCUCUACUGAACAGAAAAAUAUUCAAAGGCGUUCGAGUGUCUGUACAAGAACAUCCAUAUCUUGUAAGCGUCCGAAGAUUGCUCAGCCAUUACUUAACGGGAACGCUUCUGACCAGAAAACUGGUCAUUUCUGUCGCACACCCUCUCUCGAAUGUUCCCGUAUAUGAACUGGGAGUAGUAGCUGGUCAGACUUAUUCCGACCGCGGAACGACGUUACGAAGCGUUGUACUGGUUAUCUUCCACGAGGAGUUCGACCCGUACACACUGAAUGCUGACCUGGCUCUCCUAAGACUUUAUGAAGAAUUUGUUUUUAAGUAA